AUGGGGAGGGCAAGAAGUUAAAAAGAGUCCACCUCUGAGCCAUUGUUCUAGUUCUGGAGUUCUGGAGACGGGUCGGGACGCAGCUGCUGCGCUGCUGGUACCGGACGGCGGUCUGUCGUUAUGACGGGCUCCGGUCCGAAGCUGGGCGUCCUGCUGCUUGUGGCGGUUCUGCUGCAGACGGUGGUCGUCACCAUCACGGUGCUGCACUUCACCUCGGCUCUGAACUCGAUGAAAGAGACGUUCGCCAGGAGCAGCGUUUCCUGUCUGACAGGCUCCGACCUGCAGAGCGUCACGGCUGUACGAGGAGAUCCAUGCUGGCAGGUGACCCAGCAGCUCCACCUGCUCAUCGAAAAGUCUCUGUCUCAGCGCUACCAGAGGCGGAUUUCAUCAGCAGUCAGAGAUGAAGUGUCCCGUGUGUUGCCCUCACUAGUGAUGGAGGACAGGGCUUCACCUCGCCCCAAAGUUGCCGCUCAUGUCACGGGGAGUUUUGUGUCCAAACUGGAGCGAGACGGAGGAGUUUCAGCUGCAGUUCCUGCAGGGCGACGCGUUCAGGGCCAGAAGAUUUCGUGGUGGGAGGGUCAGAAGGGCCUGGCGUUCCUGCAGGACGUCCAGCUGCUGGACGGGGAGCUGGUGGUGUCGCAUCCUGGCCUCUACUACGUCUACGCCCAGACGUAUUUCAGGCACACCCACUCCCUGGAGGAGAACAGCGAGGAGGCGGAGGACCGGGGGAAACCCCUGCUGCAGUACGUCUACAAAAAGGUGAACUCCUACCCGGUUCCCAUCCUGCUGAUGAAGACCAGCCGGACCUCCUGCUGGUCCCGCGGCUCCGACUUCUCUCUGCACUCCGCCCACCAGGGGGGGCUGUUCCCGCUCACCACUGGUGACCGCCUGUUUGUGACGGUGACCAACGCCUCUGCUGUGGACAUGGACGAGAAGAGCAGCUUCUUCGGAGCGUUUCUCAUCAGUUAGAGGGCCGAUUGAUGCCGAUCAAAGCCGAUUGGAGCCAAUCGAGGUUUUGUUAAAAUCGAUCAAACUGCUGCAAGCGUCAGACUCUCCUGAGAAAAUUCCUCUUUUGUCUUACGGGAUCAAAAACUGAACAAAACUUUGAUAACACUGGUUGGCAGAAGAGACCAAAACGAUAGUUUGGAGGGCAAACUGAGACCGGACUCAGCCGUUUCUGCUCUGCAAAGACAAAAUCUGAAGAACUUUUCUGGUCUGAUCAGGUCCAGAACUGAUUUACACAGAAACUGAAUGACUUCUGCUUCAAAUACCUUUUUUAAAAAACUGCUUUUUCACAAUUUUAUUACAGUAAAUAUUUAUAUUUUUACCCGGUAAAUACUUUAGACAUCUGAGCCUGGGUUUAUUUUAAAUUAUAUAAAUAUAAUUUUUAAAUUUAAAAAUGUCUUUGUGCCGUCUGAAGAAUUGUGUAAGGAUGGUUCAUUUGAAAAUAGCACUUACAACUGACAUAAAGUAGAAUUUUUAAUAUGAAAGAUAAUGUAGUUAUUAUUGGAUAUCUAACUCCAACCACCAGAUGGCGGUAAAGUUCUUCAUUAAAAUGCAAACAAUUAGGAAGCAAUUUCACAUUUGACCACCAGGUGGUGCUGUUUAGUCCUGAUUUUUGGCCACUAAAGAAAAUAAUGUGCCACUGUCGUUUAAAUAUGACUUCAAAACAUUACAUAUUACAACAAACAAAAGAAGAAGAAUUAUAUUUAGGAACUUAUCACUUAUAAAAGCUCAUCCUUUGCAGAAAGAGGAUCUAAAUUUAACAGUCAAAAUAAAAAUCAAUUUAAACUGAAAGCUACUUAACUUUUAUUUGUCUAAUGCAUCUAUCUGACGUUUCCAAAAAUAUCUUCAUGACUCUCAAUGCUUAGUAACACUUUCACUCAAAAAUAUGGCAAAUAAAAAGCAGGGCACACGUGCACAAAAUAUAACAAUUUAAAAAGUUUAGAUUGCCUACACCAAAAUAUCUAAGUCAUUUUUAUGAUGUUUUUACUUUCAGGUCUGUUUUGUUUUUUCUCAUUUUUGUUUCAUUUAAACAAACUUUAUGUACCAUCUGAGGACGAUGAAAAUGUGCACUGUAAAAACGCAAAGUUUUACCUGUAUUUUUGUUUAGUUUCUAGUGCAAAUAAUACACUUAAAAUAAAACUAACUUACAAGCAACUGUUCAGCAGAAUGUAGCAGCUUCUUUGAGUCAAUAAUUCCUUAAUAUUCAUAUAAAAUGUGCUAGUUCCACUGGCAGAUUAUUUCACUUGUAAGAUGGGAAUAAUGUUUUGUUAAGUGAGAAUAUAAUUAUUGACUUAAAACCAGCUGCCACAUCUUGCUGAAAAGUUACUUGUAAGUUAGUUUAGUUUUAUUUUAAGUGUAUUAUUUGCACUGGAAGAUGGACUAAGAGCAGUGGGUAAGAUUUUGUUUUUUUUACGGUGUGUUGAAUUAAAAUCUGUCCCUUUAAGUUGACGUAUGAGGACAAGACGGGACUUCUUCAUUUUUCACUGCUGCUGUCUCGUUUUCUGCCCUCUAGUGGACAACAAGAGCAACAGCAGUUUACGCUACAGAUUGAUGCUUUGCAAAAACUUGUGAAUUUCGAAGUCCACUCAAAAACGUGUGCUGAUUUCCUGGAUUUGUUUUUCUUAAAGGAUGUACAUACUGAUCUAUACUUAGUGCAUUUUAUUUUUAUAAACAUUUUUCCAAUUUUUCCAACACGAAGGCGGAAGGAUGACCCUAAAUGGAAAAUUAAAAGCCACUGAAACAAAAAGACUUUCUACUGCCUCCAUUUCUGAUUGUUACAUCGCGUUGCUGUCGCUUUAAAAGCUCUUACGGUUGGUAUUUGUGUUAAGCUGCUCGACCUGCAGGGAUGAAAUAACGAUCAUGGCGUCGUGAACUGCUGCAGCGAGCAGCACCAGAUGCUCCCUGGAGGAAACAAACAUGACUAUCAGAUGUUUUACCUCUUUUUAUGUGUUUACAUUUGAGGAAAACAAACUGCAGGCUGCAAUCAACUCUAAUAAACUAAAUACGACAGAGAUGUAAAGAAACACAAUUUUUUCCAACGUUACGUGAACGCGUCAGUCAUUAAAGAGCGUAAACUUUCACUUUCCCGUUUGUUAAUUACAGCCUGAUGUGUUUUGUUGAUUCAGAAAAGGGAGCAGGCCUGCUGGUUGUUAUUAUUUGAUGUGAAUAUUUAAACCAGCUAAACACACCGAGGUUGUCAGGGUCGCACAAAAAUGUAGUUUUCAUUAAUCCGCCGGAGCUGAACAAGCAGCUGAACGCUAAUGGAGCUCCUAAAGUAUUUAUGCAACUGUGUGCCUGAUAGAAAACACAUGAAUGUGAAUGUAAAUAUAUGUGUUUGUCAGAGUGUAAAUAUUUUAAAUAAAUACACAUUUUUAAAAGGAA